CCCUUCAUCUCUCUCUCUCUCUACAUAUAUAUAUGAUUCUACCGUGAAGGAAAAGUUAUAGGAAACUCUCCCUCCAUCUCUCUGUCUCUCUAUAUAUAUACAGUAUAUGCUUAUGAGCAUAUGUAUUUCCCGGACUUUUUCGUACCCAUAUAACAUUCGGGAAAUUGCGCGGUGGUUUCCUUAACUGAAAAUGGUUAAUAGUUACUACCGGACGGACGUUGGUUGCAUUAUAUAUAUGUUGUGUACGGACGUACGUACUACAUCAAAACUGAAACCACAUAAAAGGGACCUCUCUCUCGCUCCUACUGUGUUAAAGGAAGAAUACUACUUACUAGUAGUAGCAAUUAGUAAGCCAGAGAACUAAUGUGGAUGGCAAUAAAAUUUCUCCUCUUCGCACUCUGCUUAUUGGACUCGACAUGGACCUUCGCUUUUAAUGUUUCCUCUGAUGGGUUAGUGAGAAUUGGUCUAAAGAGGAGGACUUUGAACCUCAACAGUAUAAAUGCUGCAAGAAUCACCAGAGGAGAGGUUACCUAUGCCAAAGGUCUAGGAAAUAUCACUAGAAAUUUGGAUGAUCCAAAAGACAGAGUUGUGUAUCUCAAGAAUUAUCUUGACACCCAAUAUUACGGAGAGAUUGGUGUUGGUUCACCCCCACAGUACUUCUCUGUCAUCUUUGACACUGGCAGUUCCAAUCUUUGGGUCCCAUCUUCAAAAUGCUACCUUUCUAUUUCUUGCUAUAUGCAUUCUAAGUACAGGUCAAGGCUGUCCCAAACAUAUACAAGAAUUGGCAGAUCUUGCAAAAUUCAUUAUGGUUCCAGAUCAGUGUAUGGCUUCUUCAGCCAAGAUAAUAUGAAAGUUGGGGACAUUGUCAUCAAAGAUCAGGUGUUUGCUGAGAUUACGAAGGAAGGAUUUUUUAGUUUUUUGUUGGCACAGUUCGAUGGAAUACUGGGACUUGGGUUUCAAGACAUUGCUGUUUGGAAUGUUACGCCAGUGUGGUAUAAUAUGGUGCAACAAGGUCUUGUGAGCCGGAAACUCUUCUCUUUCUGGCUUAAUCGAGAUCCAAAGUCAAAGGUGGGAGGUGAAAUUGUAUUUGGUGGCAUUGAUUGGAGGCACUUUAGGGGUGAUCACACUUAUGUUCCACUCACUCGAAAUGGUUACUGGCAGAUUGAGGUGGGAGAUAUUCUUAUUGAAGACAAUUCAACAGGUCUUUGUCUGGGUGGCUGUGCUGCCAUAGUGGAUUCAGGGACAUCCUUUAUUGCUGGUCCAACUACCAUUGUGACUCAAAUCAACCAUGCCAUUGGAGCAGAUGGAGUUGUGAGCUUGGAAUGCAAAAAUGUUGUUUCUAAGUAUGGCAAUUUGAUAUGGGAUUAUUUAAUAUCAGGGCAGUUACAACCUGAAAAAAUAUGUGUGGAGAUCGGACUAUGUGUAUAUAAUGGAACUCAGUAUGUAAGUGCUGGUAUUGAAACAAAUGUGGAAAGUCAAAAUACAAGGGGUUUAUCAGUUGAUGAGAAUGCUUUCUGUGCUUUCUGUGAGAUGACUGUUUUUUGGAUCCAAGUAGAGCUUAAACAACAGAAAGCCAAGGAAAAAGUAUUCAAAUUUGUUAAUGAGCUGUGUGAGAGGGUCCCGAAUCCUAGAGGAAGAUCGUUUAUCAAUUGUGAUAAAAUUGAUACCAUGCCAUAUGUUUCAUUCACGAUUGGAAAUAAAUCGUUUCCCCUCUCUCCAGAACAGUAUAUUAUGAAAAUUGAAGAAAACUGUUCUAGCAUCUGCUUUAGCGGGUUCGUUGCUUUGGAUGUGCAUUCCCCACAAGGCCCCCUCUGGGUUCUUGGAGAUAUGUUUCUUGGAGCAUACCACACAAUAUUCGACUUUGGUAAUCUCCAAUUAGGGUUUGCAAAAAGUGCUUAGAACCCAUUCAAUUCUCUUGUUCUAGUCAAUAAGCCAAGGCUAUGUUAAUUGUAAAAAAACAUGGUAAUCUGCUGGGACAGUCAGUCUCACAAGUAUGUGUAUGUAAUAUUUUUUAGUUGAAUGUCGAUUAUUAGGGCUUUGUUAAUGUAAAGGUAAUUUAUAUAUCUAUGGAAUAAAAAUGCAUGCUAUACAAUACAAGGAGAUGCACAUGUUUUUCAAUUUU